GACGUACCGAGUAGUUUUUGCAUCUCUGUGGCGUGCUACCGACUGUGUGACUUGGGCACGGCAGCUGAAUCGUCACCUAAUGACGAGAAUCUGUCUAUGACAGAGGCUACAGCUCAUGCCCCGUGUUCUUGGCCAACCUCGACACACUUGUUGCUAAGCCUGAAGUACGGCGAGAAAAACUGGAGUCUGCCUCUCUCUCCACCACUCAAGGUUACCCCCGAUCAAUUUAUGGAUAUAUCCUCUUUCGUGCAAGCCGGGGAAAAUACCUUGCAGAUAAUACAAUAUGGCGAUCUAUCGAAUCACGUAUUGGUGAUACAUGCCCACCACCCUACAGGAGCUCAGCUUGCCGAACUGGGAAAAAUGCAGGCUGCAGAUCAGAAGUGGAAGUCCUUCCUUGACAGCAUUUGUGGGCCUAUCGAG